CGGCGGAUCAUGGAUAUCGAGAGGCUCCAGGAAGCACUGAAAGAUUUUGAGAAAAGAGGAAAGAAGGAAGUCUGUCCAAUAUUGGAUCAAUUUCUUUGUCAUGUCGCCAAGACUGGAGAGACAAUUAUCCCAUUUACUAUUCAGCGACUUUGUGAGCUGCUAACAGAUCCUAGGCGGAAUUACACGGGAACCGACAAAUUUCUCAGAGGAGUUGAAAAGAAUGUUAUGGUUGUCAGCUGUGUAUAUCCUUCUUCAGAGAAAAAUAAUUCCAACAGUUUAAACAGGAUGAAUGGUGUAAUGUUUCCAGGAAACUCACCAGGUUAUUCAGACAGAUCUAAUAUAAAUGGUCCUGGGACACCCCGGCCUGUAACUCGACCAAAAGUUUCUUUGUCACCUCCUAUGACUACAAAUGGUUUACCAGACAGUUCCGAAAGUAAGGAGCUGAGUCUCCUGCAAACUGAGGAGAAAAUUAACAGUGAAUCACCAGCAUCUGAGCCUGAAAGAGUCCAAAACUGUCCUGUAAAAAAUAAACACCCUGGAGACGAUCCAUCAGAAAUGGAAGUUUACGAAGUAAAAAGACUUAAAUUUGACAAAGAGGAGGAAGCUGAAGAAACCUCCGACGAGAGUGGCCCCCACGAAGCAUGCUCAGCAAUGGUAGAAGAGACUGAGACAACUUCUCCAUCUCAGGAUAAAGAAAAAGAAACCAUUGAAGACAGACAGCAUUGUAAAGAAGAAGUUGAGGAGGAAGAAGAAUCUCUCAUGAUGUCAAGAGAAGUUUUUCCAGAAAGAAAAGUUCUAGACAAAGACAGUGCCUCCUCAGCUGAGAAAGAAGAUGUUUCUGAGGAGAAUAAUCAGAUUGGGGAAUCUGACCAGACUCAAGCAAUGAAAGACUCAUCUUCUCCAAAUAGUGAGAACAGUGGAUCUUUUAGUAGCAAAGCUGACUGCAGUGACAAAGAAGAAUUGGGCUCAAAUGUUAGUGAAACUCCUGAAAUUGCAUCAGAGACCCCAGUGGAAAACAGCGAUGACGCCACAGAAACUGCAGAUGAACCUAUGGAACAAGACUAAUAAUUUUAAUACACUUAGAGGCAGUAUUUUCCACGAGGCUCUGGUUUUACACUGUAUAAAUAAUUUUAUGUAAUAAAAGUGGACUGUUAGUUUUCCAAGAGAAGCAGGAUGUAAAUUGAACUUCUCAGUGCGUUAAAUCCUGAAGGACUUGUACUUGUUACUGUGAAAUAUUGGCUCCUUCAGGUCCUGCUUGCUACUGAAAUUUCAGUAUGGUCAAAUCUGGUCUGUGUAUAGUUUUUUUUAUUAUUUAGAAUUAAAAUUUUUAAACUGGAAGGCAGUUCUAAGUCUGACAAUUUUUUGGAGAUUCCAUAUUUAGUUACUUCU